UCCAGUUCCAUUGUUCCUCCCCCUUUUGCCAAUAAAGUAUCUGCGGAAGCUCUCAGAGCCUAGGUUGUUCCACAGGAAGCCAAAACAGCGGGCACAGGAAAAGGAUCUCAGCUAGUGGUAAGUUGGGCAAGAUGGAAACCAACUUCUCCAUCUCUCUGAAUGGAUCUGAAGAGAUGUUCCCUGAGUCUGCUGGCUACAUUGUUCUGAGAAUCUUCCCAUUGGUGGUUCUUGCAAUCACCUUUGUCCUUGGGGUCCUGGGCAAUGGGCUUGUGAUCUGGGUGGCUGGAUUCCGGAUGACACGUACAGUCACCACCAUCUGUUACCUGAACCUGGCUCUAGCUGACUUCUCUUUUACUGCUAUGCUACCACUCCUCAUCGUCUCAAUGGCCAUGAGAGAAAAAUGGCCUUUUGGCUGGUUCAUGUGUAAGUUAGUGCACAUUGUGGUGGACAUCAACCUGUUUGGAAGUGUCUUCCUGAUUGCUUUUAUUGCCCUGGACCGCUGUAUUUGUGUCCUGCAUCCAGUCUGGGCCCAGAACCACCGCACUGUAAGCCUGGCCACGAAGAUGAUCACUGGACCCUGGAUUCUUGCUCUAGUUCUUACCUUGCCAGUUUUCAUCUUCUUGACUGCAGUAUCUCUUCCUAACGGAGACACAUACUGUACUUUCAACUUUGCCUCCUGGGGUAACACCAAAGAAGAGAAGUUGAAGGUGGCCAUUACCAUGUUGACAGCUAGAGGGAUCAUCCGGUUCAUUAUUGGCUUUAGCAUGCCAAUGUCCAUUGUUGCUAUUUGCUAUGGGCUCAUUGCUGCCAAGAUCCACAAAAAAGGCAUGAUUAAAUCCAGCCGUCCAUUGAGGGUCCUCACUGCUGUUGUGGCUUCUUUCUUUAUCUGUUGGUUCCCCUUUCAACUGGUUGCCCUUCUAGGCACAAUCUGGCUCAAAGAGAUGUUGCUCUUUGGCAAAUACAAAAUCCUUGAGGCCCUGGUUAACCCCACAAGCUCCCUGGCCUUUUUCAACAGCUGUCUCAACCCAAUGCUCUACGUCUUUGUGGGCCAGGACUUCAGAGAGAAACUGAUCCACUCCCUGCCUGCCAGUCUUGAGAGGGCCCUGAGUGAGGACUCAGACCAGAUCAAUGACACAGCUACCAAUUCUGCUUUACCUCCUGCAGAGGCCGAGUUACAGGCAACGUGAGGAGGGUGUCAAGGA